CCUUCGCUUGCACAUCACCGUAUUGGUCGUUGGGAUGGAGCGGCUGCGCUCCAGCGUGCCGUUAGCGCACGAUCGUGCCUGUGGCCGGUCCGUGUGUGGGAUGCUGUGUAAGUCCGCGGCUUAGGAGGGGACAGGUGUUAGCGCGCCGUGUUAAAGACACGCGUCAAUAAACAGGAAAAAAUAGUGGAUUAGUGAGCGGACAGCGCAUACUGUAGCGGCUGCAGUGCUCUGCAUCUGCAGGCGCGGAGGGUUUCCCCCCCCUCCCGCUGUAAUAUUUAUGGCAAAACGGAGGCGCAAUAUUCUGGUCACGUUUUUGGCUGACAGCCGGCUGUCCUGGAGAUCGCUACAGUGGAUCGGGGGUCCAAAGCUAGAGAAGGCACAGCGCACCGACACCUGCAGUACGAUGUAAAAGGGAAUUCCCACCAACAAAACUGAUACAACCCCAGUUCUGGUUAUUAUCUCCACCGCUGUCUCAUCUGAGCCAGAGGAAAAGGAAACAUAGACCAUGAUCAGGUUUGGGGGCUACUAUUGCUAUGAAUGAAGAACCGCUGUGGUGUCAAUGGAGACCGAAGGCUAUCGUGACCUCCUAGAGACCAGCGAUGGUCAGGGGGUAGGCCUGCUGGAUGGAGGAGGAGAGGUGGGCGUGGAGGAGGGCUGGAACACACCCUAUCCUGUCGGUUUCCAGGUGUCGCUGACCACCAUCCUCGUACUGGAACUUGUGUUGGGCUUCAGCAGCAACCUGACAGUACUUGUUCUGUAUUGUGCUCAGUCUAACCUGGUGGAUUCAGUCAGCAACCUUGUCACAGUCAAUCUUCAUGUGCUCGACAUACUGGUCUGUGUUCUCUGCUUGCCACUGACGGUUGCUGUGAUCCUGGUACCAGCGAAUGACAGUGGACUUAGCAGCCUGGCCACACUUUGCUGCUUCCAUGAAGCUUGUGUCACAUUCACAAGUGUGGCUACAGCAGUCAAUGUGUUGGUGAUCAGUUUGGACAGAUACGACAUCUCUGUCCGUCCGGCCAGUCGUCUGCUGACACCUAGGCGUGCCGCAUUGCUCCUGGCAGCGGUCUGGGCAGUCUCUCUGGCUGUUUUCUUCCUGCCCUUCCUUGAAGGGGACUUCUUCUCUUCAUCGACUGAGGACACUGAGGAUGAGCUGGAAAGGCAGAGCAAUGACUCAGAGCUUACUACUGCACAUACACCCAUUUUUUCCUCCUUCUCUCCCUCUUUAUUACCUCCCACUCUGCCCUCCUCUGCUUCGCACCACCUGCCACCAGUAUGGCAAAACAGGACACUGCUGUGUGUUGGAGGGCAGGGGUAUUACACAGGUAUGGCAAUGUAUUAUCACUUGUUACUCCAGGUACCCUGCUUCUUCAUAGCUGUGGCAGUCAUGCUGUUCACCUACUCCAGGAUCCUGCAGGCUCUCAACAUCCGCAUUGGCUCCCAUAUGAUGAGAAACACACGGUCAAAGGACUCCACCUGCAGGAUACGCUGCAGGAGGCAGAAAAGGAAGGAACUAAGUCUGCCAACAGAAGCAGUGUCCUCCAACCAAACUCAAAAUCUCAGUCACCCUCCCCUAAUCCCCUCUGCAACUCCUACUCCAACAUCACCCCCACCACUGUCUUCCAUGCCCCCUGGGAUGUCUGAUAGUGGGGCCACAGUAACUACAGUCAGCACUGCUGCAACCACCCCUAUUGCAACCACCCCAGCAACCCCUGCAUCUCCAACACCACCUUCAGCACCAGCUCGAACCCAUGCCUCCACACCUCUGCCCGCCUCAUCCAUGGGUGUACAGGCCUCAGUUUCAGCUAUUAUCGCUUUGAGGAGGGCAGUGCGCAGGCACAGGGACCGACGAGAACGUCAGCGUCGUGUCCUGAAAAUGUCCCUAAUCAUCAUAUCCACCUUCAUGGGGUGUUGGGCUCCUCUGUCUGCAGUCAACAUUCUGAUCCUUUGCAUGGGUCCCAGUGACGGCCUGGUUGAGCUGCGUCUGUGCUUUUUGGCCAUGGCUUAUGGGACGACCAUCUUUCACCCUCUGCUCUAUGCUUUUACUAGGCAGAAACUGCGGCGUGCCCUCAAAACACGUGUAAAGAAAAGGGUAGUAUCACUCCUGCAGGUAGACCCUGCUCCCAGUGGGGGGACUGUGAUUCAUAACUCUUGGGUCGAGGGGGGAGGGCAGAGAAAAGGCCGCAAGUCACGGGUGGAGGCUAGUGAUGGCACUGAUCGAUGCCUCACAGAGGCAGUGAGAGAAUAAGUCUGGUCUUCAAAGAGCAGUUGCAUGUCUGAGAGUGCUGUAUAAGUUCAAAGAAAUGUAUGUACCUUACUAAGCUGAUGGAGAUGGAUUGCUUGUAUAUUUCUGAAGAGGUGCGAGGACAAAUGAGCUGGAUACAGUUUACAAAGGCCAGAACAAACCCUUGGAAACAGGAGAGCUUCAAGCUUUUAUAAGAGCCUGUUUUUUGCUCUCCUUACAUAAGCCCUCAAAAGUCCACCUCUCACUGCCAGUAGGCAAAUAUUAUAACAAACCUUGACAUGAAUACUCUGAUUGCUAGUGCUAUCCCUUCAUGUAUCUUAAGGGUUAAAUAUCUGAAAAGACAUACAAACAAAUAUAGCUCCUCUGUGCACUUUUACCUGCAUGUGCAUGUACAUAUGCACAGCUAAACACACAUGCACCACACACACAUGCACAGACACAGCCAAUGCACACUUACUUGCAUAUAGUCACUAUCUGUGAAAGCACACAAGUAUCUACCUGCACAGAUGUUCUCAGUGACGAUAAUAUUUCUGAAAGAUUUUUAUUUUGUUGUUUUCAUUAUUUUCAUGCCUUAACUGAGUUAUUUGUAUAUUGUCAUGGUGCUGAAUGUCCGGCUAUAUGUUUACAACAAUGUUAUCAACAGAGUGAAAGUGUUUUCAUUGACUGCAAAAGGUAUAGCGAAGUACUGCAAUGAUCAGGGAUAACAUUAUGAUCACUGACAGAUGAAGUGAAUUACACUAAUUAUCUCCUCAUCAUGGUACCUGUUAGUGGGUGGACCGUACAAUUUACAUAAACUGUAUUAAAAGACACAUAACCAUUUUUCCUCACUGUCUGAAAAUAAAUCAAAGUUUAUGUCAGAUAGGAUUGCUAAAAUUUCUUCUCUUUGCUAAAUGUCAGAAUAUCAAGAGAAAGAUUUUAUUUUUUGCGUUUGUGUGAAUUCAGAUGAUCACAUACAAUUCCUUAGUCAUUGUCCGUUGGAAGAUCCAUUUGCAACCAAGAUUUUUUCUUGGCCCGUCUUAAGGCAAUGCUUCUAUAUUCUGACAUAAUGUUCUUUUCUCGUGAUCCCAUCUUUGUGAAGUGCACCAGUCCAUCCUGCAGCAAACGCCCACACAACAUGAUGCUGUCCCUCUUUUCCACAGUGGAGAUGUUGUGGUUAAGCUUGCAAGCGUCCUCCUUUUGCCUCCUUUUGUCAGAGAGUGUGAAAAAAGGGGUCUGUGUCCUUCCAGUGUAUAAAAAUAUCUGGUUUCAACUGUAUUAGGUAGGAAUGUUAUUGUGUCCCUAAAGUUAAUGUGUUAGAAGAAGGAAAAAUGGGAAAGAGUAAGGUUUUGUAUGAGUGUAAUUACAGCCAUAUUGUGAUUGCUAAAGGAAUGGGUCAUAGUAUCUCCAGAACUGCAGCCCUUGCUGAUUGCUGUUUGUUUAAAAAGUGGCCCAUGGGUUGAGGCUGGGUGUGUCAUGACAGUGUAGCAGGCGCUCUGCCUGCCAAAGCUAUUAGUCAUCAACACAGCCGUUUGGAGUUUGACUCCUGACCUUGAGACUUUUGCUGCAUGAGUUUCCCACCUCAGUUUUUGUAAAUUUCCUGUCAAUUACUGUCAAUAGUGGCCACUAGUGAAAUGAAAUCUUAAAAAAGCAGUCCAAGGAAGGAACAGUGGUGAAGCAAAGGCUCAGGCGACAUGGGCUCUCAUGGCUCAAUCAUGCACAUGGGGAGUGUAGCUCAAAUCGCUGAAGGGAAUAAUGCUGACUCUGAUACAAAAGCUGCAAACACCUGUGCUGGUCAUAAUGUUAUGCCUGGGUGUAAAUGAUUAAAAGCAUAGAAAUUUAAAGUUUACAUAUCCUCAUAAAAAUACCAGGAAAAAGCAAAAACAAUAAAAGAAAGAAAUGAAGAAAGAAAUAAUCAGAGUCUAGUUUAAUUAUAAUUGUUUUUUAUUUUAGAAAAAUCUGUACAAAAUAUAGCUGAAAGGCAUGUUUCUAUUUUUUUAGAUGAGUUUUAAUUGUUAUGAUGAAGGAGGGUUGUGUGAUUGUGUCUGUAUGUUUGCACAUUUCCGCAGAUCGCCUAAAUGAGGACAUAUCUGUGUUUUAGCCAAUGAGUAUGUGCAAUAAACACGAGCAAAGCAAUGACCCCCACCUAGGAUGUGAACAAAGAGAAUGUUUUCUUUUUUCUAUAUGUUAUCGAGUUUUGUGGAGAUGAAAAGAAGGGGACUUUAUCUUCUUUUUGACAGCAGGAGGCUGCUGGAUAUUAAAAAUAUAUAAAUAAAUAUGUUGGGCAUUUUUGUAACUAUCUGUAUAUGAAGAUUCACUGUAAUACCAUUGUAAUAGCAUCGCCACAGUUUUAAAGAGGGAAUAAAGGGCAAUACUUUGUGAAAUAUUUCAUUAAAACUGUCUGUGAAGCAAGUGCAGAUUGACUAGCAUUAUAAACAUGAGGAAACAAACCAAUGACCUUUAACAUGGGGCACCUCCGCGUGUUAUCUCUUAGUUGCUCUGGACGGCAGCUUUGGGAGAGCAUUUUGAAUGAUGACAAACAAAAACAGCCUCUGGACUUAGACCUGAACACAUUACACAAUAUAGUCUCUCUUUCUCCUCAGGGCUUUGUGUCUCAUUUUCAAACUUGCUGAACAGUAAUAUUGAUAAUAACAACAACAACCAGCCCUUAGUCAGCUGUUGUGUUAUGGGUGUUAGAGUAGGUUACGGUUUUGUCACCAAGUAGAUAGAGUUCACUUUAAACUUUGUAUGAACUGAAGACCUGGAGGGCUCCUCUGGCUUUGGGCUUUAUUCUCCCUCCACCUCACCUCUUUUACACUUCUUGUAAACCAAACAAGAAGACAAUGUGUAUUCAUGUACAUUUUUCAGGGAUGUAAAUACUUGAUUGUUUGUUUUGUUUUAGCCAGAAAUCCUUUUUUCUUUGAUCACGAUCAGCUGCCGGACAGAAAAUCAGUCAUUGGGGAAACUCUUAAUGAGCAGGAGAGCUAUAAAGAUGAAACAUGUAAGUGUAUUUGUGUUAAUAAUGUAUGUGUAUACAGUGUAAUUUACAUUUAUGACCAUGUGUAUAGAGAAAUAUUAGUAUUGUAAAAGAUUUAUAAUAUGUGCUAUUGUAUAGAAAAGAACUGAAUCUGUAUUAAAAAGGUCUAUCUCA